GCAUUUCAGUUUUACGUGCUUGACUCCCGCUUCUCAACAGAUGUUAAUCUCGCCUGCACAUCUGUUUGGUUUUGUACUGCCAGCUCUUGGCUUUGGAAGUGCUUUCUGUUGUUUGGUUAUUGUUGCUCAUGCGGCCAUUCUCUUGUCAUCCCCACUCUCAGAUUCACGGGCGUGUGCAUUAAUGGACUGAGUGGGAUUGAUGGGUAAAUAUGAUGUUCUAGUUGUCUCUAAUCCUGGAUUAAAUACCAAACUGAAAUUUCUAGUUUUGCGGAUAGUGUUUAGACGUUGUUUUAUUUAAAGGUUGAUGACUGUUUUAAAAUCACUUGAAAUUCACAUUUUCUUUAUCAUACUCCUCCCUCGUUCCUUCUCCCCCAAGUCCUCAAAGCGGUGAAAAUUUUGUUCUGAAGUUUUAUGGAGCCAGAAGAAAUUCUUCUUUUGAGAACCGUGGGACUAGUUUUGUUACCAAUAAUAUGAAAGGCUCUGAGUUUAGCCCGGAGAAGAAAAAAAGGGUUAAAAUACCAGCGAGGAGACUUCGUGAGGUAGUUUCUCCAAAUCAGGGAGAUAAUUUGGCUUUGCUGAAAGAUGAGUUGUCCUGUGUUCCUCCAGCGUUGUCUGCAAAUAAACGUCUUCCUGUUAGAACUGAGGCUAGCUUGAAUGGAACGUUACGUGGUUCAGCAGACUUGACUAGAACUUAUCAGCAGCCUCCAUUAGCAAAUUCUACUGGGCCAGAAAGGGAUUUUUCUAAGGGUAUUGCAGUGCAAGGGUUGCCUUUGGAGAAACUGGAAGAGAGCAACAAACAAAAAGCAAAUGACAUCUUUAUUUCUCGGUACACCAUGGGACAGAAAGAUGCUCUAAGAGCAGCUUUAAAGCAAAAAGCUCAAAACAUGCCUGUGUUUAAGGAAGUAAAAGUACAGCUUUUUGAAGAUGCAGGCCCAGAAAAGGACGCUGCUACUCAGGAGACAAGAAUUUCACCCAGUGGAAUUGAUUCAGCUACAACUGUGGCCGCAGCGACUGCAGCUGCCAUCGCUACGGCAGCCCCGCUGAUCAAAGUGCAGAGUGAUUUGGAGGCAAAAGUCAAUUCUGUUACAGAAUUACUGAAUAAGUUACAGGAGGCUGAUAAACAGUUACAACGUGUUACAGAGCAGCAAACAAGCAUUCAGAAUAAACAUGAGAAACUACAUUGUCAUGAUCAUGAAAAGCAAAUGAAUGUGUUUAUGGAGCAGCACAUUAGGCAUCUUGAAAAAUUACAACAGCAGCAAAUAGAUCUUCAGACUCAUUUCAUUAGUGCUGCGCUCAAGACCAGUAGUUUUCAGCCUGUUGCUAUGCCCCCUUCUAGAGCAAUGGAAAAGUAUUCUGGAAAACCAGACUUUUCUAAUAAUGGUGGCAGUGAUCUAUCUUCACAGAACACAUUUGCUUCCAAACAAGCACCUUUUAGAGAGGUUGAAGAUAUGGGUUUUGAUAAACAGAAAUCUCCUUUGGAGACACCAGCACCUCGCAGGUUUGCUCCUAUACCUGUUUCAAAGGAUGAUAAAAUAUCAAAGAGGGAAAAUCCUAAAGAAGAGAAAGAAAAUAUGGAGAUGUCAGGUCAUAGAGGAAAUGUAAGACUAUUGGAACAGAUUUUGAAUAACCAUGAUUCUUCAACAAGAAAAAGUGAAUCUUCAGAUAAAACCUUACUAACUGGGUCAAAAAUAGGAUGGAAUGUUGAGAAAAGUGACAGCAUUGACACUUUAUCCUCUCCAAGAUUUCCUUCCUCUGAACUAAGAGCAGCUAAAUUGACUGUACAGAGGUCUGAUGAUUUUUCUCAUGAUCCUGGCCAACAAAGGAAAGAAACAAAUGGUAUACUCCAGCCAAAAGAAUCUCUGAUUAUGUCAGGGCUUGCUGAUCUUCCACAGAAUUCCAUUAAGCUUCAAACAACCAAUAAAAGAUCCAUCUUGAAAGAUGCUGAGAAGAUUUUGAGGGGAGUACAAAACAAUAAAAAAGUCCUUGAAGAAAACCUGGAAGCUAUUAUUCGUGCCAAAGAUGGAGCUGCCAUGUAUUCGUUUAUCAAUGCUCUGUCUACUAACAGAGAGAUGUCAGAGAAGAUUCGGAUCAGAAAGACAGUGGAUGAGUGGAUUAAAACUAUUUCUGCAGAAAUUCAGGAUGAACUGGCAAGAAAAGAUUAUGAACAAAAGAGAUUUGAUCAGAAGACUCAAAGGACCAAGAAAGCUCAGAAUAUGAGUAAAGAUAUUAAAAUUAACAUGCAAGACAAAACAGUAAACAAUUCUGUACUUCAUAGGAAACAUUCUCAAAAGCAAAAAGAGGAGCAUUUUAGAAAUCCACUCAUGAAGAGCAUGCCUGCUUCAAUCCUACAGAAAGAGAGAAAAGAAGGAUUUUUGAAAGCAACCACAGUGGUACAAGAUGAAGAUUAUAUGUUACAAAUUUAUGGAAAACCAAUUUAUCAGGGCCAUCGCAGCACUCUUAAAAAAGGACCAUAUCUCCGAUUUAAUUCUCCAUCUCCUAAGUCCAAACCACAGAGACCGAAAGUAAUAGAACGAGUUAAAGGCACUAAAGUCAAGUCAAUAAGAACACAAACUGACUUUUAUGCAACAAAACCUAUGAAAAUGGAUUCCAAGCCCCAACAUUCUGUGCCUGCUGUGCUGCCUCCCGGUGAUCAGCAGUACUUGUUCAGCCCGAGCAGAGAAAUGCCUACUGUUUCCGGUACACUAGAAGGUCAUCUAAUUCCUAUGGCCAUUCUUUUAGGACAGACCCAAAGUAAGAGUGAUUCCAUGCCACCCACUGGAGUAAUUGUAAACAAGCCACACCCUGUAACAGUGACUACUUCCCUUCCUCCAUCAUCUCGAAAGAUGGAAACUGGAAUAAAGAAACCUAACAUCGCAAUUAUAGAAAUGAAGUCGGAAAAAAAGGAUCCUCCUCAGCUUACUGUACAGGUGUUACCCAAUGUGGAUAUUGAUAGCAUUUCGAAUGGUAGUGCUGAUGUCGAUCUAUCUCUGCCUAGUCCCAAAGAAGCAUGUCCUCCUUUGAAAACUUGGAUACAGACCCCAGAACUUAUGACGGUAGAUGAAGAAGAGGUCAAGUUUCCAGGAACAAACUUUGAUGAAGUAAUUGAUAUCAUACAGGAAGAGGAAAAACGUGAUGAAAUUCCAGAACACUCUGAACCAAUUCUGGAGUUUAACAGAAGUGUUAAAGUUGUUUCUACAAAAUAUAAUGGUCCUCCAUUUCCACCAGUUGCUUCUACUUUUCAGCCCACCACUGAUGUUCUGGAUAAAGUAAUUCAGAGAAAAGAAACAUUGGAAAAUAGCUUAAUUCAGUGGGUAGAACAAGAGAUAAUGUCGAGAAUUAUCUCUGGGCUCUUUCCAAUCCAGCAACAGGCCAGACCUGAUGUCAGUGUUUCAGUCAGUGAGGCAAGUGAACCAUUGACUUCUGACAUCGUGGAAGGAACAAGCAAUGGUGCCCUCCAGCUUUUUGUUGAUGCUGGGGUUCCUGUGAAUUCAGAUAUGAUUAGUCAUUUUGUGAAUGAGGCUCUUGCUGAGACCAUUGCUGUCAUGCUGGGUGACAGAGAAGCAAAGAAGCAAGGUCCUGUUGCUACAAGUGUUUCUGGGGAUGUUUCAGCAAACAACACGUACUUGCUGGCAAGGGUAUGUACCCCAGUGGCUACCCCACAGCCAACUCCUCCUUGCUCACCUUCGUCACCUCCUAAGGAAUGUGUAUUAGUAAAAACUCCAGAUUCUUCUCCCUGUGAUUCAGAUCAUGAUUUAGCUCUUCCUGCAGAAGAAAUAUUUGCUGGAAAAGGAGAUGAAAUGCCUGCCAUCACACUUGUUAAUACUCCAGCGGUUACCCCUGCUACUACCCCUCCUCCUGCAGCAGCUUUUUCCCCAACUUUGUCAGAGAUUUCCAUUGAUAAAGUGAAGCCAUCAGGUCCAGAGCUUCCUAAGCCAUGGAGUGAUGCAGACCUGCCACUGGAAGAAGAGAAACCUAGCUCUCUUCAAGAAGAACUUCAUCCGAGAGCUAUUGUAAUGUCUGUGGCCAAGGAGGAAGAACCUGAGAGUGUGGAUUUCCCUGCUCAGCCUGCACCUCCAGAGCCCCCACUUCUUCCUGGCACCAACGCCUCUUCCCCCACACAGAUGCCAGGUUCUGAUUCAUCAACAACAGAGAGCACCUUCAGCGUUACUGUCACUGAAACGGAGACUCUGGAUAGACCCAUCUCUGAAGGAGAGAUUUUAUUUAACUGUGGUCAAAGAGUGACUCCCAAGAUUUUAGGAGACAAAGGACUGUAUCUGAUGAAUCUAAAUGAUAGCUUAUCCAGUACUCUGCAAGACGCCCUUGAGAUGGAAGAUGAUCCUCCCAGCGAAGGACAAGUGAUUAGGAUGUCCCAUAAAAAAAUUCAUGCAGACGCAAUUCUUUCUCUUCUUGCUAAACAAAACCAGGACUUCUUGGUUUCACAGCAAGCAGUCUAUCAUUCAGAGGACUUGGAAAACAGUGCAGGUGAACUUAGUGAAGGACAAAGGCCCAGGCUGACAACAGCAGCAGAGAACAUCUUACUGGGACAGUCUGUCUCUAUGCAGUCACCUGCCACUAAUGCAGAGUUUUUGGAUAAAAAAUGUGCUCCUCAGCCAUUAUCUCAGCAAUUUGACACAGUUGCAGCAGGUGGUGGUUAUGAAGACUCGUGUGCUAGUCAUGGUCCAAUGAGUUUGGGAGAAUUGGAGUUGCAGCCAAAUUCUAAUCCUGCACUUUCCACAACACUUCUGACAGCACAAGAAAAUAAUGUUAAGUUAUCAGGAGCUGCUGAAGAUAUUCAUCAGUACCAACAAAAGCAUGACCAAGAUGUUAAGCAAGUUGAACAUAGGCCAGCACAAAGUCGUUUAAUACGUGUAGGAAAUAAAUCUGAUACUUCACUUUCACAGCAACAAGGCGGUAAAGAGGUACCACUUUUUGCUUCGCAGACAUCACCCACCAAGAUGUCUGUGACGCUGCCCUCAGUGAAGCUGGAGGACUAUUCUCAGUCUCUGAGCAUCAGCACCGUCCAGGGGGACACGGACUCCUCAGGAGCAGAUACCUUCUGAAAGGGAAGUGAGAGCCAGCAUAGUAUUUGUGCCACUGGUUUUGAAGUCAUUUUUCUCAAGCAUAAAACCAUGUCUCAAACUAUUUGGUGUUUUGAGCAUAUUCUGAAAAACAAUUUCUAAUUUUUUAUUAAAUUCAAAAACAUAAUUUGGGUAUUUAGGUAAAAAUUUUAAAUAAAAUAAUUUAAAUACAAAUCACUGUGAGUCUGAAUUAUUUCUUGGAAUCCUGAGGCGGCUUGGAGUAGUGGAAAGCGCAUGACUUUUGACAUGUGAGAAUGUAUUCUAUGGAUAUAAUUAUCUGUAGUUAUGAAACGAUGUUGCUCAGGGCUAUUCAUUCCGAAUUUUUUUGUAACAACAAAUGAUUGGCAGCAAUCUAAUGCCUGUCAAUAAGGGACUGACUAAAAAAGUUGUGGUAUAUCUGUAUAAUGGAGUACUAUAUAGUACAAAAAAGAAUUGUAAAAUGUUUACAUGUUGAUGUGGAAUUGUCUCUGAGAAAUAUCGUUAAAGUGAAAAAAAAACUGUGGGCAAAAUAGCUACCAUCAUGUACAGUGGGGAGGGG